AUGACGCCAUCCCGUGAUAAGCAAGACCCAGCUAUCGACAAGCGGGACUUUGAUGCUCAUCGCCCGUUACUAGAUGAUGCAGAUGCUGAGGUGGAUGAGCAGCAGCGAGGACACCUACGGUCACGGGCAGGGUCAUGUUUAUCGGCCACCAACAAUGACGAUGGCCUCCUAAAUGAUGUUGUCGACGAGAUCUUAGAAAGGGAUAGAAAGAAAAUGGCCAAGGAAGUGGUGCGGAUUAGCAGUUUUGCUUGGGGCGUUAUCAGCUGUCUUGGAGCUGGUAGCAUUACCGCAUUCUCGCUAUACGGACCCCUGUUGCUCACUCGCCUCCACUACACUCAACUCCGUGUCAAUGCUGUUGCGAUUGCCGCAGAAGUCUCGAUGUACCUACCUGUUCCGCUUUUUGGAUAUCUCUGCGAUCGGUACAGCCCAUCUCCGCUGGCUUUAUUCUCUGGUUUCGUGUUUGGGGCUGGCUACCUUCUGGCUGCACUCGCCUUUAAGAGUGGACCGCCUCCUGAUGCAGGUGGCGAGGGCUGGCCGUUUUGGGUGAUGAUCGUGGCUUUCAUUGCCAUUGGCGUUGCUACAAGUUGUAUGUACUUGGCUGCGGUCGCAACAUGUGCCAAGAACUUUGGCCGGGGUAAGCAUAAGGGCAUUAUGCUUGCUGUUCCUAUCGCGGGAUUUGGCCUUAGUGGCAUGUGGCAGAGCCAGGUGGGAACGUACUUCCUGUGUGACCGACUGGAAGAUGGUGCUCGUGGCGAUGUCAACGUGUACAAGUACUUCUUAUUCCUCGCGAUCCUGUUGUUCUGCAUUGGUGUGAUCGGCACCUUUGCCCUCAGGAUCGUGGAUGAGAAUGAAGACAAGUACAUCGACGAGGCAGUAGAGGAAUUGGAGCGCAGUGGCCUUCUUGAAGAGAGCGAAUUCUUCCGGCCCAGGAACGAAGUUAGGGCUGCUUAUGGAACGUUUUCGCAGGCCGACGACGGCACCGGAUCCGAUGGGGACCAAACUCUGACACUCUCAGAAGAGGAGCGAGAAGCAGCAAGACUUGAGAAGGAAAGGGAGGAAGAAGAGCGUCGGAAGAAGAACUGGCUGCUGAACUAUGAGACGAGGAUCUUCUUCCAGGACAAGUCAAUGUGGUGGCUUGCGAUUGGCUUCUUCCUGGUCACUGGACCAGGAGAGGCAUAUAUCAAUAACCUGGGCACUAUUGUCCAAUCCCUGACUCCCGUAUCAAAUAUUACAAACGCCUCGUCACCUGCAGGCCUACCAUCAACCCAUGUCAGCACCAUCGCGCUGACCUCCACCAUUGCCCGACUUCUCACCGGCUCGCUCUCCGAUCUUUUCGCCCCGCCAGCAACCCAUCUCUUUCCCAGUCCUUUAGAAAGUAGUCGCCCUGCGUCCGUCACAUCGGCGACCAACCGCACCACCUUCACCCGCCUUGCAUUCCUCCUCCCCUCCGCCUUCCUUCUCUCCAUCGGCUACCUCCUUCUCUCCUCCCCCAUCCCCCUUCAAUACCCCGGCUUGACCCACCUCACCACGGCCCUGAUCGGUCUCGGCUACGGCAGUGCCUUUUCCCUUGUCCCGAUCAUCAUCUCCGUCGUCUGGGGCGUCGAGAACUUCGCCACCAACUGGGGUAUCGUUGCAAUGGUCCCAGCCGCUGGAGCAGCCGUCUGGGGUUUAGUGUAUUCGCAAGGAUACCAGGACGCCAUGGACGACGGAAAUGGCACGAAUGACGGCCAAUGUCAUGGCUGGAGGUGCUUUGGGUUCUGGGCCGUGGGAUGUACGGUGAGCGUCUGGAUAGCUAUUGGGGCUUGGUUAAUUGCGUGGAGGUAUUGGAGACGGCGAGGAGUCGUUGUUUAA